UUGCCCUGAUUUAUAAGAUUUUUCAUAAUUGAAUAAAAUGGAUUCACCUACCCCUAAAUCAUUUUCAAAGCCUAAUUCUUGUUUAAAAACCUUUUUGCUUGUUUUUGCCGGUCUUGGUGCUAUAUUAAUUAUUGCUUCUAUUACCUUUGGUUUAUUACAGCUAAUCAAAAGCCAUGAUAUAACCGAACCUGAAACAACUACUACAUCACCAUUAAACACUGAAACAAGCUAUAGUUCGACAACUGACGCAGGGUGUGUUCAGAAUUCUUACUCAGUUUACGUUGAUUUAAUAAAUACUUCGAUCAUUCAUGUUUGGUUGAAGCCAAAAAGACUGGGCUCGACCGCCAUCCUUUAUGCCAAUAUUUCCAAAGCAAAUACAAAUCAAACAACCCCUACACCUAUAUUUUAUACGAGUGAGAAUGGUGAACCAACAUGGUUUGAUUUUGCACAAUUGGAACUAAACUUUGAUGGAAGAGUUGAACUUAGUUGGUCAGAAGAGGACACAAAUGUCUCUUAUAUUUACGUAUAUGAAACUGAAAAUGUUAAACGCAACGGGAUUCGUCCUGCUUUUAUUUCCAAACUGGCAAUGGGCCCGAAUAUGGAGCAAAGCUUUCAUUUUAGGCCUCCUUUGGGUUGGAUAAAUGAUCCGAAUGGAUUUAGUAGGACUGACGAUGGUCUUUAUCAUUUAUACUACCAGCACUAUCCACACAGCAAACAAUGGAACUCAAUGUAUUGGGGCCACGCAAUCAGUACUGAUUUGGUUAACUGGAUCCAUCAGCCUAUAUUUCUUCGUCCCGAUGACAAAGAAUGUGGUACAGAUUGUGGGCUAUUUUCAGGUUCAGCUGUUCCGUUACACGAUGGUUUACAAGUCUUCUUUACUGAUAAUAAUAAUACACGAAUAAAUCCGGAAAUACAGAGAACUGUUUAUACCAAAGACACUAUAUUACCCUUCAACGAAUCUGAAAUUAUCAUAAGUGAUCUACCAGAUUUGAAGGAAAAAGGCCUAAAAUUAGGAGCUGACUUUAGAGAUCCCAAUGUUUUUCUUGGCCCAGAAGGCUAUUAUUACAUGACAUUGGGCAGUAGUGAUACGCUUGGUGCUGGAGGAGUUGUACUACUCUAUAGAUCAAAAGAAAAGCAUUCUGUACAUUCCGGAUGGAUCUUCCAAGCUUUUUAUGACACAAUCGAUGAUGAAGCAUUACUUAUUGGUUGGCUAGCAAAUUGGCCAGAUUGGGAUAGGAUUUCGGAUUGGUCAACCUCUCUAACUUUACCUUGGGUAAUCAGAUGGAAUAAUAGGCAAUUAUUAAUUGGGCCACAUCCAAAUGUGUUGGGACAACUACGUGAUAUUGAAUUGGAUGGAAAGGCAUUACUUCGAGGCAAUGCUGUCGUAUUACCCAAUGGAACGGCCUAUAUACGUCUGGCAAUUGAAUACUAUUAUUUCUAUAAUGGAAUUUUUCUUCAACUCAAUCAUCCGGAUUAUAUACAGCUGGGAGUUAAAGUUAGCAAAGAUGGGCUUGAAAUAGUGAAAGUAAAGCAUGAUGAUCCACCAAAUCGUCGUUUCCUCGCAGCAGAUGCACGUCCUGACAUUGUUCAUAUUUACAUUGACCGCGACUCGCUCGAGGUAUUUGGCGAAAUGAAAAAUGAUGGAAUGCCAAGAUGGGCAGGUACAUCCCGUUUAACGGGCCUGAACUCUUUUGUUGAAUCUGUACAGCUGUCAACAACAGAUCGCUAUAGUUAUUUAUUGCAAGGAUGUCAAAUUUGGAGUAUGAAACCCGCAAAAUUUUUGGGUCGCUUAUAGCUUCUUUAAUAUUUUUAUUUUGUACAAUUUGUAUUAAUUUUUGAAUUUUAAUUUCUUUUUAAAUUUUUAUCAAGUUUAAAAAUGAAAUUUUGUUUAUUAUUUAAUAGCAUGCCAAAGAGGAAUAGUAUAAAGGAGGAAAACGGGCUGGCUUUAAAAAUAAAAGCAAAAAACUUUAUGCACAAUACGCAUAAAGUAAAAAAAAGAGAAUUGCAUGUGCCAUUUAAAAUACUGGCUAACGCAUAGUAAAAUAGAAAUAAAAAAAAUAAUGGAUUGUUUUGGCACAUAAAAUUCUAAAAUUUCAACGGGAGUAGAGAAAAAGACUUGUAGCAGCAUAG